AUGGUUUGGCCUCAGAGGUCCAUUUUAGUCGUAGCAGUUUUCAAUAUGAACAUGAAUGUUAUUCUCAUUCUCCACUUCCUAUGUUUCUUUAUUUUAAGUACUUUGUUCAUUAAAGCAUCUGCAAUAAAUUCAACCUAUGAAUCUGAUAGAAUAAUCUACCUUCCUGGUCAACCUUCAAGCCCCUCAGUCUCACACUUUUCAGGUUACAUCACUGUCAAUGAAAACCAUGGAAGGGCCCUUUUCUACUGGUUUUUCGAAGCUCAGUCUGAACCCUCCAAGAAGCCUCUUCUUCUUUGGCUCAAUGGGGGACCUGGAUGCUCCUCUAUUGGGUAUGGUGCCGUUGUUGAGAUUGGACCUCUUUUAGUCAACAAAAACGGGGAAGGACUACAUUUCAACACAUAUUCCUGGAACCAAGAAGCAAAUUUGUUAUUUGUGGAGUCCCCUGUUGGAGUUGGAUUUUCUUAUACAAACACCUCUUCUGAUCUCACCAAAUUAGAGGAUAAUUUUGUGGCUGAGGAUGCCUACAACUUCUUGGUGAAUUGGCUACAAAGAUUCCCACAGUUCAAAUCCAGGGAAUUUUUUAUAUCAGGAGAAAGCUACGGUGGUCACUAUAUCCCUCAGCUUGCAGAGUUAAUCUUUGAUCGAAACAAAGAUAGCAGCAAAUACCCCUUUAUUAAUCUCAAAGGUUUUAUUGUAAGGAACCCAGAGACUGAUGAUUACUAUGACAAUAAAGGCCUUCUGGAAUAUGCAUGGAGCCACGCAGUUAUAUCAGACCAGCAAUAUGAGAAAGCAAAACAAGUAUGUGAUUUUAAACAAUUUGAAUGGUCUAAUGAAUGCAAUAAGGCCAUGAACGAAGUCUUCCAAGAUUACUCUGAAAUUGACAUAUACAACAUUUAUGCCCCGGCAUGUCCUUUAAACAGCACAUCCUCAGCUGAUGACAGCAACAGUAAUGACCCUGAAUCAUUUACUAAGGUGAGAAAUGAUUACAGACCAAGGAGGAUGAGAAUUUUUGGAGGCUAUGACCCUUGUUAUUCCAAUUAUGCAGAAGAAUAUUUCAAUAGAAAAGAUGUUCAGUCAUCUUUUCAUGCAGAUACUAAAAGAGGCACUGACGAAGCAUGGAAUGUUUGCAAUAACUCCAUAUUACGGUCUUACAACUUCUCUGUUUUCUCGGUCCUACCCAUCUACACCAAACUCAUCAAGGGUGGGCUUAAGAUAUGGAUUUACAGUGGAGACGCAGAUGGGAGAGUGCCGGUGAUAGGGACACGCUGUUGCGUCGAGGCUCUUGGAUUACCUCUCAAGUCUGGAUGGCGAACCUGGUACCAUGAUAAUCAGGUUGGAGGAAGAAUAGAGGAAUAUGAAGGAUUGACAUAUGUGACAGUGAGAGGAGCUGGACAUUUGGUGCCAUUGAACAAGCCUAGUCAAGCUCUCUCCCUAAUCCAUUCUUUCUUAACUGCCCAACAUCUUCCUACUCAUGGAUAA